UAUUUAUGUUAAUAUGGACAAAAUAUUACAAAUAUUACACGUGUGAUAUAAUGUGUACAUAAUUGGGUAUUCACCCCUCCCACUAAGGGGAGGGACCACUCUCUCUCCACUUAAAAUGACAAGAAUUGUUUAAUUUCGUCAGCAGAAUUUAAGAGACUUGCUUAUAUGACAAGGAGCCUUGAAACUUUUCUGCAGUUGAAGGUCCUUGCUAUUAAAGACACUUCUUAUCCUGUGUUCAGCCAAACAUACUUAAACUAUCAAAAGUACAUGUACUGGUUAUUCAAAAUGGGCCUUUUCAAAGUGUACUGCAAAUAAAUGUUAAUACAGUAUUUGACAUAAAAUCAAGAUCAUUCAUUUUUAGGAGGAAAAUUGUAAUUUCUUUGCUUUCCAUUCUCUUCAAGUCAGCAAAAGGCCAAACGAGAUGUUAACUUUUCAUUAGUCUGCAGAUAGACACAUGUUAACACAGUUAUAACUGCAAUGCUUAGAAGUGCCACAAGGUGGUGCCUACCUUUGUGAUUGUUGUGAAGACGCGCUACAGCAGUGUUCUCUCCUCGGACCAUUGCCUGUAAAAUGAAUAUUAACAGUCUGUGCCUUGGACUCAGACUGACACACAUCACGAGCUUUUAUAUAUGUCAAUGAUCACGAGAGACUUCACUUAAGAGUUAGUGCAGGUUAUCCUAUAUGUUCUACUGCGCAUGUAUGAUAGGUAAAUAUAGCGCCGUGGAGACCUGGCAUUGUAUGGUCCAUGUUGUAGAAUAAAGCAUCAGUGUUGAAGCUCCGUUCAGUUGUCUGUGGACUCUUUGAGCUCAUCGACUAUCUCUGAGCUCCGGCUAACUGCUAACGUUAGCUAGCUCUCUCCACCUACACCACCAUGACUCCACUUCAGUCCAGUUGGUGGCGUAUGCACCUCCAGUUGGUUUGCCAAGAAGAAGACGAAGAAGACGACAACAAAAACAAAAAAAACAACAUGGGUGCUAGUUUUGGAGAGAGAUUGUGCGAAGAGGUCCGUCGUUACCCACAUUUAUAUGAUAGGUCUGUUAAGGAGUACAACGACAGCCAAAUGACGUUAAACUCCUGGCAACAAAUCGCUCAAACUCUUGGGAAAAGUGAAACAGCCUGCCGUCAAAAGUGGAGAAGUCUGCGAGACAGAUAUGUAAAGGCCAAGAAAAAGCUGGAAGGCGGGAGCAGCAAAACCGGCCGGAUUGCCUACAUUAUCUCCAUGUUAGACUGGCUCUCUGGCUUCAUCAAGCAUCGUUCCACGAAGGAGACGCGGUCGCGGACCCUUAACUGUAGUAUGGCUGUCACCGCGUGCACGAAACCCGCACAAGUACGCAGCUGUCCGUGGAACGCGGAAAAUCCUCAUCUCCCUCUGUCAUCCGUGCGCCUCCUGGUUCCUCCUCUGAGGUUGAUGUCAGCCUGUAUGUGGCAGGUGGCCCAGGAGCGGAAUGUAGACCAGUAUGACAAACUGGCCGAAUUCAUCACGUUGGUGACAGAGAUGGUCCCAGAGCUUCUGAACUACAAACAGAAGACUCAGCUGAUCCUGGGACUGAGAGCUCGGCUCAUCCUUGAGUUAUUAAAGACAAUGGAUGAGGUUGACUGUAAAGCUAUCCAGGAUCAUCUUAACAGUUUCCAACAGACGACAACAAACCUCAUGCAGGAAGAGGACCCAGAUGGAGAGGUGGAGACUUCAAAGUCAGCAUUUGUGGACCUGGUUCAAACAUUGCUUGAAGACCAAUCUGAAAAAGAGAAAUUUUUCAAGGAGGUCUUCCCAGUACAGUAUGGAGCUUGUUUUGAUACAGCGCUGCAGAUUCUGGUGUGGGAGUUCUUCCACCGACUGGAAGAGUUCCUCCCAGUUCCACGUUUUUCACAGGUAUGCUCCAUGUUUGACAUUUCUUCCCUUGAUGAGGAGUUCUGGCAGUUUCUCUCUGACCCUGAGGAUCUGAAGAGGAUUUUGCAGCACCAACAGGAGCGACAAAAGUUGACUAAAAGUGAAUUCACCUUCAUGUCAGACACCAUCCUCUCCACGCUCGCCUCUAAACAGACUUCACCGACAUCUGAAGAUCGGGAUCAAAUAAUGGAUCAGGGAGAGGGCAAACAAGGCACUGGGAAAUCAGUACAGACGACAGUGAAGCAAGAAAACAGCUGGAGAGCAGAAGAUAUUUGUGAGGAUGAUGAAGAGACUGACAACAGUUCCAUUGAACCAAACUGUGGGUACGGGCUGUCACCCCUCACUUCCUCUCCACGUUCAGAAGAAGCUGCUGAGCCAGGUGAUGAUGAAACAGCUGUUGAAGCCACCUUUCAGCCAUCAGAAGAGAGCAGGAUCCAGUCCUCGACAGGAGGCAGAGCCGAUGUCUCUCUUCCAUUCAGCGAGGACUCCGUAAGAGCCAAUGAAAACACACUGGAGUGUGGACAAACCUUUGCGUCUCGUUCCACCUUGAAACAACAUCCCCUUGUUCACACUUCUGCACGACCAUUCAAGUGCACUCAGUGCGACAAGACCUAUAAAAGCCGUAAAGACCUGAGCUUUCAUCUUCGUAUUCACUCUAACCCUAAAGCCCAUCCCUGUAGCCUUUGUGAGAAGAAAUAUAGUUAUAAGACUGGGCUUAAAGCUCAUCUUCGUCGUCACAGCGGAGAGAGGCCAUUUGGCUGCUCAUACUGCGGCAAGAAGUUCUUUAGUAAUACAGAUUUGAAGUCCCAUGUGCGCAUUCACACCGGUGAGCGGCCGUAUGCCUGUAACUUUUGUGACAAGAGUUUCACACAGCCGUAUAUGCUCACUGUGCACAUCAGGAUUCAUAAGAAAGAGAAGCCGUACCUGUGCAGCACAUGUGGUAUGUCUUUUCGUAGCUCUGGGGCCUUACGGGUGCACACACGCAAGCACACAGGGGAGCGGCCUAGUCAGUGUGACAUCUGUGGAAAAGGUUUUGCCACAGCCAUACAGUUGACACAACAUCGGCGAUUCCACACAGGAGAGAGGCCAUAUUCUUGCUCACAAUGUGACAAAUCGUUCCACCAGAGUACAGGACUGAAGAGACACAUGAGGACACACACGGGAGAUAAACCUUACCAGUGUUUAACAUGUCACAAGACGUUUUCUGAAAAAUCCAACAUGAGGAUACACCUCAAGGUCCAUAAGAACAUUUAGCAUGCUGUUGCGGCAUUUGGAGAAUGUAUAUUUAGUGAAAAAGAAAAGCCUGGUUCAUUUCUACGCCAGGGCAUGCUGUUUUGGUGCAUUUCCAUGACAGUAAAACACCAACAUGUAUGUAAAUAUGGACCUGAAUGUUCCUCAAAUGUUGCAUGUGUGGAAUAUGUGUACCUCGUGUUUUAGGAGACCAUUAGAUAAUUAGCUUAGUUACUGUAGGUUAAAGACUUCUGAAUAAAAUGUGCAGACAAUAUAUACCAAAAUGAUGUGCCCACACUUGUGAGAUAGUAUGAGAAGUGUGUGGCUUAGAAAUAGUGAUCCUUUGUAACAUGAGAAUGUGAAUGAAUGGGUCUUUGGGCCAGUAAAUAUAUUUUCUUUACCCAACCCAUAAACAUCUUUGAUAACAUUUCUGUGUAUUAUUUAAGAAUUGCAACCAAGAAAUGUAAUGGGCAUGUUAUUUUACAGCUGACAAAUAAUGCUACUCCUGUGGUAAAACUGUAUAAUGGGUACAUUGUUGAAAAUACAUCUUUGGACUUUGUCAUUUAUUGACUGGCAUCUGUCCUGAUACAGUUAUAUCUGCAAUUUUCAUUUUUUUGUAGAUUUCUUUAUAAAUGUCUGUGUUUUAAGUUGUGCAAAGAGAUAACAAAAAACCCUAACAAAUUAAAUCUCAACAGAAAGUGUGUGCAAUAAUAAAAUGUAAAUCAAAUAUAAAAUAAGGAAAUUCAUUUAGAGGACUUCAUACAACAUGGGUGACGUCAAAUGAAGAAAAGAAUUGAGUAUAUCGCCUCUAGUUUGGGUGAAGUGACUGCACCUGAGAGGACGUGACUUGUGAAUAUGAAAUUUAACGAGUUACAGUAUCAAAUUAAUGAUGUAGUAUUGUAUUUGUUUUGAUGGAAGCCUGAACAAUACACUUCUGUAAAACAGGGUAAUAAAAAUGGGCAACACUAGUCCAGAUAAAUAUGGGUGUUGUGGCGGCACUCCUCAUAGGCGUACAUUAUUUUCGAACAAAACACUGAUUAUCUAGUCUUACAUUCAAGGUGUAGUUACAACUCACUGCAAAUGUAAGCAAGAGCAGAUUUGAAUGGGUCUGAUGCAGCUGAUGAAAUUAAUGAUAGUAUUUUGAUCUAUAAUUUGCAGGUGCUAUGCUUUAGUUUGUACGUAGAUGAGAUGCUGGAUCUUCAGCUAGUCAAAGCACAGACUUUGCACAAUAUUAUUAAUUUGUAAUAAACAUGUAUGUCCCCA